AUGGUACUGAUUGCAAACACUGACCAACAAUCCAAACGCGAAGCAGAAUCUGAGCUAAGUCAAGUCAAGGAAAAGCUAAGGAACGCAUACGAUCAUAUAUCAUACCUUUCGGAUAGGGUGGGGAUGUACAGGCACAGAUGGCUAACAGAGUACUACCGCGCCGAAAACCUCGAACUUCAUAUGCCCGAAGGUGUCAAUAUCCCCGACCUUGAUCAAAUUCGAGAAGUGAAGGUUCAGAAGCGAGAGAGCAUCUUUGAGCUCGGGGGUGUAUCGGUUGCAAGAAAAACAUGGGACGCAGCUGGUGGAGGACAUAUUGAGUGUCAUGGGGCAGUAGAUGAUGCUGGCAAGCACGCAGAACGGGCUAGACUUCAUGCUUUUAGUGACGAAGCUUUACUCGAAUUUGCAAAGUGGUGCUACGUACAAGACAGAAGUAGUUUGCGAUAUAUCCGAUUUGAAGAAGCCGGUGUCAAUGACAUGUUGCAUGCGCGACCAUAUCUGAAACCGGGCAUGAAUCACAAUAAUCUGACGAAGGUUAAACAAUGUCCUUACAACUAUGAUUGGGCGGACAGUGCGGGUCUACCCCCUUCCAUGACACGCAUUUUUCUUGCGCACUAA